AUGGCAUCCCAGAUCACGUUUGGCAGUUUACCGAGUUGGCCUUUGGGGCCUCAAGACAACUCCGAGUCCAACCCAGAUGCAACCGGCGCAUCAGUGGCUUCAACUGCCACCAACCGCACCAGUGCUUCUUUUGGGACCACCGAGAUUUUCCCGCAGGGACCAGGAACCGCAACUCCGGCUGGUCAAACUGCUAGUUUGUUCAGACGGGUGCUAACUACCCCCUCGACUCAAAGCUCAUUGGCCCCAUCUAACACAGGUGACCCUUCAAUUCCACCCCCGCUUGAGCUCCCUGAUCUCCCCAACCCUACCGGUGUUGCUAAAACCAAGCGCGCUCGGAAAAAACGCUCCACUCAAGCUUCGAAAGGACCGGCAGCGGCUGCACAACCUGCAACCUUGGUUACUGUUCAAAAUCAGCGCUCGCCUACGCCUGAAGUCGACCUCACUAGGUUCCAAGGGCGUCACAAGCGGUCCAAGCUGUCCGCCGAAACCAUGGAGCAAGUCAACCAACAGUCACUUGAUCAGCUCCGCCGCACCGUUGCAAAAGACCCCGAGUACCUACGUCUUACGGUAGCCGACAAACUUCAGCUUGAUGCAGCUUACCGUGCAUAUCAGUCUGCUGUCCAUCGGAUUGCGAUUGAGAAUAAACUUCACAUCAAGCCGGUGUUGGAUUACCUCGGCAAUGAAGCUCGCAUCCGAGGACCCUCGUGCUACAACAACUUUUGUAAAUAUGACCCUGUUGCUGGUGCAAUAAAUCGCGAUAAAACCAUAUCAUCAAAGGAGCGAGCCUCCCAGUGUGGUGCUCUCUGGAGACAGCUCACUCGAGAGGAGCAAGCCCAGUGGAAAGAUCAAGAAUAUCUUGACUCGUUUCCUGCUCACAAUGAUGUGGAAUCGACCGCACCAGAUGUGAACAAUCCGACCGAGUCAGCUACUUUGGCACCUGUGCCCAGGACUUUACCUCGUGAUCGUUUCAGUCUUAAACGUUGGGCUCACAAAGUUCAAAGAGAGCUCCGAAAUCUUAGUACUGCUCAUCAGGUUGAGGGGUAUUUGGUCCUUGCGUCACGUGACCCCGUUAGACCUGUUCUCCUGACUCGCGGCAGCCACAUGGCCGAGGAAUUCCUCGAUAUUCUAGCCUCUGAUACAAACCAGUGCAACUCGUUCUUCAACUUUGUUAGAAGCAAAAAGGCCAAUGCAGCCGAGGUUCGUAAACUGCUUAGGGAGGAACUGAGCAAAGCUACACAUGGGGCUUGGCAGAAUGGAUGGCCGGGUACCAAAACUGCUGCAACCUUGCGCAAACUCGGCGUCACCCUCUCAGUUCAAGAGAACGAUCAACACAUCACUGCAGCCGACUUUUGCAAGCGACCCUCAGAUAUGUUUAUCGGCCAGACCCAGCGGAUUCUCUUGGCUUUUUCGAAGGGAUGGGUGAAGAUCACAGGCCCUCCUGAAUCAAACAACCCCUCAAUUGGCCGUGAUCCCACCUUGGAGGAUGAUACCGACAGCGGAUCGGAACCCGAAGCCACCUCAACUCGCUCAAAGCGCUGCCCCCCAAGGAAAACAACUCUGGCCACCAAGGCUGUCUAUCGUCGGGUUGGCAUCAUCCGUAAGCCCCGAUCUGCCCGCAAGAGGCCCAAUGCCUCAGUGAGCAGUUCUUCUGAGGAAGAUGACACCCCUGACCGUCAGAAACGCGCUUUUUCCAACGAGUCGUCAACUAAUGACCACUUCGAUGAAGAAGAUUCGUCCAACAAGUCGGAUCGUCCUCCUCGGAGACAAAUCCGCAUUCAGUCUAGCAGGGAGUCGUCUGCAGGAGCCGAUCCCAACACCCCUCCUUCACCUGUUGAGUCAGCUAUUGCUGCCCUUGUCUGA